CCGGCGGGGCGGGCCGGGGCCCAGGGUGCGGCUCGUGGCCCUUUAAGGCGCAGUCGCGCGAGAGGCGCGGCGGCCGAUGGGCGCGUGGGGGCGCGCGGCGCUGCCCCGCGGCCCGGGAUGAAGGAGGACAAGGAAAACGCCAGGCCCAAGGAGCGGCGCGGGCCCGCCGCCGGGCCGGGGGCCCCGCUGGGCACGGGCACGGGCACGGCGGGUGGCACCGCCCCCGGCACGGACGGCAGGGCCGGCGGUGCCGAGCUCGACCGUCUCGAGCGGCCCAAGGACAAGAAGGAGACGCUGAGCAAGGUGGUGAUCCGCCGGCUGCCGCCCAGCCUGACGAAGGAGCAGCUGGAGGAGCACCUGCAGCCCCUGCCCGAGCACGACUACUUCGAGUUCUUCGCCAACGACUCCAGCUUGUACCCUCACAUGUUCUCGAGAGCCUACAUCAACUUCAAAAACCAGGAAGAUAUAGUCCUCUUCAGGGACCGUUUUGACGGCUAUGUUUUUGUGGAUCAGAAAGGUCAGGAAUAUGCUGCCAUAGUUGAGUUUGCACCCUUCCAAAAAGCUGCAAAAAAGAAGAGUAAGAAAAAGGAUGCUAAAACUGGAACUAUCGAAGAUGAUCCAGAGUACAAGAAGUUUUUGGAAAGUUACAGUGCAGAUGAUGAAAAACUAACCUCCACUCCUGAAACUUUGUUGGAGGAAAUAGAGGCAAGAAACAAAGAGUUAAUAGCUAAAAAGACUACUCCUUUAUUGAACUUCUUGAAAAAUAAACAGAGACUGAGAGAAGAAAAAAGAGAGGAGAGGAGGAGGAGAGAAUUGGAAAGAAAAAGGCAAAGAGAAGAAGAAAGAAGAAAAUGGAAAGAGGAGGAGAGAAGGAAGAGAAAAGAAGCAGAAAAACUGAAGAAGGUAGACAGAUGCCCAGAAAAAGAAAGAGACAGAUCAAAAGAAGAACCAAAGAUUAAGCUACUUAAGAAGCCUGAAAAAGAUGAAAAAGACUUGGAGAAAAAAGAAAAAUCCAAGAAACUGGAAAAAGAGACUCUGAGGGAGGAAAAAAAUGCGAGUAGUGCAUCUGCCAAACGAUCUGAUGGGGAGACAAAAGAAGAGAAGGCAAAAAAAUCGGAAGAUGAGUGUGUAAAGGACUACAGGGACCGAGAUAGAGAUUUUGAAAGAGACAGAGAAUAUGAGAGAGCACAGAGGGAGAAACUGAGACGCCAAGAAGAGGAGCGUCGGAGGCAGAAAGAGCGCUUUGAGAAAGAGAAGGUUUUUAGAAGAAAAGAGGAAGAGGUGAAAAAGGAGAGAGACUUACUCAGAGAAAAGGGAAAGAAAAGUGAUCUUACAGACUUUACCAGCAGCAUGGACAAAUCUGAGAAAGUAACCAAAGACGAUAAAAAAGAGGAUACAAUUAAGAGGGAUCGUAUCAGAAACAAGGAUCGUCCAGCAAUGCAGCUGUACCAGCCAGGAGCCCGAAGCCGAAGCAGAUUGUGUCAGUAUGAAGACAGUGCUGCGAAGCCCACAGAUCAGGGAGCGGAUAAGAAACAAGAGAGUGAGACCAGUAAUACGAAGGAAGAGGAGUGACUAGUGUGCAAGCCUUAUGUGUUCUGACUGUCUGUGCAGCCAAAGAGCAUGUACUACGCAAUCCAGAAGUGCCUUCGAAGCGAAGAAGGAACACAGGAAGAAAAGGGGGCAUUGUGCUGUUGGAUGUUUCUGGUUAAAGAACCUCAGUUGUAGAUUCGGAAUUUGAAAUGUGUUCUCAUUGUAUUUUCAGUUAUUUGAAUUUAUUUUCCCAGCAUCUAACUACAACGGAGAAGAGAAUCUUUGCAAAGUAGAAAGACUUUAUGGCCUUAAGUAUGAUAAUAAAUGAGUCGCGUGGUCAGGAGGAGAUGACAGCUGGAUCUAAAGCCAGAGCUUUACUGUAAAGCCAUCGGAGCCAGUGUUUGACGCACUUAAGCGGCGCGAGCUCGAAGUUGCCUGGAGUUAACACAGGUGUUGCUGUGUUGUGUGGUGCUCCCGCCUGAGGCAGUGAGGACUAGGUUGUGUUAGUCUGGCUGAGGCAGGUACCAGGCGGGGGUUGUUGAGGAUCCAGCGACCAGGAGCCCUCGGGCAGGUAGAGAGGAGAACAUCUGGCAUUGCAGUGGCAGCAGUAGGGAGGGAGAGGCCCUCCUCUUCGGUGGUUCUCUGGAUAAAGUAACCAAGUUGGAGUGUAUGAAUAAGCUGGCUUAAUUGACAAAUUCUCAUGUAAAGUCUGCCUACGUUGAAAUGCUUAUUUUUAAUCAAAUGUAGCUGGUUUGGGCAUCCUGUUCUUUUCCAGCGUUCUCCCUUCUUGGAGGCUGAAAUGUUUCCGAACUCCUGCCUUCUUGGCACCGCUUCCUCUUCCCUCGUAACCUGAAGUAUUAUUGUUUUACAGCCCAGAGAGAGACUUCGCCAGUAGCAGCUCCUCCCCAGCUAGCGCCUGUUAGCCGUAGCUCUUUUGUACCGAACCCAAUAAACUCGCAGAAACCCU